GCCGUUACCAUGGUGAUGGUAACCGUUGGAUACAGACUAAACAGCGUUUUGUGCUCCGUUAGUCGGUUAAAAUUACAGCAGACAUGGACAUGCCGGCCUCUUACUACGGGGAACUUGAUAAAAGAAACCCGGUCAUUAUAUCUAUUGAACGAGACAUGAGCUCGUUUAUGACGCUGAUGAGACGAGUCGGUUCCUCGGACCACAGCUCGUAUGUUAAAGGGAUUCAGAUCCUGGUGGAGAUCUGGAAAAAGUACAAACAUCGACUUCCUUCAAAGCUGUAUGGGGAGCGCAUGUUGCAGAUUGCAGAUUUUCUCUAUGGGAUAAAGUUGUACCAGCUGGCUCUUUGGCAGGGCUACAGUCUCCUCCUGCUGCAGUUCAAUUCAGUGAAAAUAACUGAUAUCACAGAUGUUGACCACUUCAUGGCCUGCUUCUUCCCUGAAGGUUUUGAUACGGACCAAGAUAUCUUUGCCAUGAAGGUCCGUGCAAUGCAGGGAUGUGCCAUGUGUAUUUUUGAGCAGGAGAAAAGGCACAGUGUCCUCAGCCAGAAGGGACUCUGUAAACUGCUGCAUGUGCUGAACUUCCUCAGGAUCAUGAUGCAGGCCUUUCAGCAACACGAACACCUCUGCUGGCAAAUAUAUAAUGGUUCGUUAAACAUUUACAACAUCUGCCAUUACCUGAUGACCAUGAACAGGAGUGCACAGGCACUGGAGUACCUUCUGUGGGCAAGCAUCAGUGUAGAGCUCUCCAUCCCUUUGAUGACUGCUAAGUAUCUACCAUGGAUUGUUACGCUUUACUGUGCUGUAUGCCACUGUUACUAUGACAACCAGGCUGAUCUGCAGGCGGAGAAAUUUGCCAGGAGAGCCCUUGGUAAAAUCGACGACCUUGCAAAGAUGGAGGACGUUCCUACCACCAGAGAGUGUCAGAGAGCUUACAAAGAAGCCUCUGUCAAGUUGGCGGCCAUGAUAUUUAAGCGGGCUGUGUAUGUGGCCCGAAAAAGACCCAAAACCAGGAAUGAGAGAAUGAAAAUCCAAAGCACCCUGAAGGACAUGCACAAUGCGCCGUGGCCUCGUACGAUGACAGAGCGCAUACUAAUGGGCCUGUUUGACAGCAGUGCAGCGCAGUUCUUGGCCAUCUCGGAAGCACUUUGGGACAGCACCAGAAAGCCUUUGCAGACAAAGAUGCCAAGUGAACCGGAGUUGCAGAAUGUGAUCCUAGAGCUUCUGUCAGCUGGCAUCAGUAUAUUAUCUGGAACUGCAAGCGAGUCUCCUAUUGCACUGACGCCAACAGCCACUCUAAUGGAUUUUGCCAUUACAGGAGAAAAAAAAAUACCCAUAAUGUCUGCGAUAAGGUUUGUGAAGCUGUUGUUUCAGUACAAGCAGCAGGAUGCAUUCAGUGAACUUGCCGGAGAGAUGCUGCAGGUUUUGUCUGGUGUGGAAGGUCAAUCAUUCAGGAGGGCAGAGAUGGAACUUGCUUUACUUGACAGUUUCAGCAAUCUGCUGUCUUCUCAGAGGAGCCUUGCCAGAAAAGACAACAUGACUGAUGACAGACAAAAGUCUUUGUUGUCAAUGAGUGACGCGUUCAUCAGCCUGGUCGACACUCUACACAAGCUUGUGUGUGGCUCUGAGGUGCAGCCAGACAGAGACCUGGUCCUGGAUGUUGUGUUAUUUCUGUGGGGUAAAGUGAAGAAGGUCACGCAGUGUACACACUACCCUGAGAAGGUAGAUAAGUACGACAAGUGGCUGUGGUGUCUGUCCGUGCUGUGCGACGCAAGCUUUGCCUGUGACCUUGCAACUGUUGACUGCAUGAUGAUGGCAGAGAUGACACACACAUUCGCCAUACUGCUAGAGAGUGCAGCUGAACGCACUGAUCAAACACAAUAUCCAGCAACAGACGGCGAUGUUGUGAAGCUGAGCUCUUUCUCUCUUCGUGAGUGUACAAGUACAGAGCUGCUUCAGAAGAUGUGUGAGGUGGUUAAGAAGGGUCUUGAAGCUCUGACCAAGGGUGUAGCGACACUGCUGCCCCAAGACUGCUCAGCAAUCACUGACUCUGCCUUCAUGCAGACAUUUUGUCCCCUUCCUCCAUCGACUCCCUCCAUAUCUCCUCUGACAACAUCAAAAGAGGAGAAUGACGAAUUGAAUAAGACGGAAAAAGAAGAAGUGGAAACAGACAGACAGAAGACAGAGUCGAAUAUUGGAGGCUCUCAACACAGCGAGUCUACACGUGUGUUUCUGCUGGCCAUAGACCUUCGUCUUAACCUAGACAUCAUCCAUCACAGAGCUUCCCUCAAGUUACUGCAGCUAAAUGACGUUGCAGAGUCUGAUCUGUUGAAUCGGAUCAAGAAGAACAAGGUGUCCAAAGCUCUUUUCCUGAUGCAGAAAGCCUUGCUGCUGCACAGCAGCAUGGAGCCAAAUAACAGCAACAACCAAACCAAGAGUCUGCUAGAGGAGGCCUCCACCCUGAUAGAGAAAGCAGGGGUGGAGGAGAGAAAACUGUAUAUCGCCUCCACCUGUAAGGCUCCAUCUGAAAAUAAAGAGAAGGGGAUGAAGGAGAAAAAGGAAAACCCUCCACCUCCCCCCAUCCUUCUCUCACGCACUGACUACUCCUUAACCUUUGCCCCGGCACCUUAUAACUUGGAGGGACAAGUGUGCUGGUACCAGCUCUGCGGCUGCACAGCCGAGGGCGUUAACCGGAAAGUCCGCCUUGGAGACUGCAGCCUGCCAGGAACUGGAAAUAUGGUACCAGCAGUACCCGGAGAGUGUGUGCUGAGGGUGGACGGACUGGAGCCCAACCAGAAGUAUGUGUUUGCUGUAGCAGCCUACAACAGCCAGGGCCAGCUACUGGGCAACAGCAUAGGCAGGAAAACAUCCCCACUGCUGGCAUCCAUGCCACUACCACUGCUCUCUUCAUGGGCUCAAUUAUCUCAGGUGGCAUUUCAAACAGAGCAGUAUGGCAUAGCAAAGAGAGCCUGCAGGGAGCUGUGGAGCCACUAUACCUAUCCUGACGCUGGGACCCACAGCACACAGGAUAGAGUUGCUAUGACAGGGCUGCGUGUCCAGACCUUGCAACACUCCUCUCCUCAGCUGUGUCAGGUGUUCCUCACUUCCAUCUUCAUUGAAACAGAAAUUAACAUUCAGCAGGGGUCACUCCACUGUGAAUCAUUCAGUGACAGUGGACCAUUCAUCUGGGAACAGGAAGCCAGACUGGCAGAGUGUGAGCGAAUGCUGAUAGCUAUGGACCUGGCGAUGUGGCUGAAUGACGGUAGUGCCGCUGUGCAAGCUGUAGUUAGCUGUUACGGCCUCUUGUCACCUCUAAUCUUCCAUCAGAUCACUUGCAACUCUGUGGUUCAGGUGCUAAAACAAUGCCUGACAGUUUUGGAGAAAAAUGCAGGUCUUAUCAAACAAAAAUGGACUGGAAGCACCUCAGAGUCCUUUAUGCAUAUGAUAGCCUGCAUCACCUACUACCUGUCCAAGGCAUUACGUGUGCUCAAGGAGCAUCAUACGGCUUCUGUGGUGAUGGACUGUGGUCGCAGGCUGCUCCAAGAAGUCUAUAAUGCCCAGCUGAAAUCCAGCCAGCAUACCAGUGAAGCUUCUAAGAAAGAUCAUGGUGCAGUCAAGGGUGAAACGAAGAUGAGUCUUCAGCUGAAGGCGCUCCAUUAUAAGAGCAAGGGAAGGACCACACCUGAAGCAACUUUCACAGCAGACAAUGAGAUUUCACGCACACCAACUGGCUGUCAGGAUGCCAUCAUAUUGUAUGAGCUGAUCUCCAACAGCACAUUACAGGAUGCCUAUCAAGAGGUGAUGAAGCUCAGACGCAAGACAUAUUUUAUGGAGUAUGCGGCACUACUUCUCCAAAGAACCAUGGACGAAGGCCACACAGAUCUUGUGUUGAAGUGGGGCCAAGCCAUAUUUGAAUUUCUUUACAGGCGUCACGAGGUGUUGGGACAGACCACGGGAAACAGCCAGACUAAAAAAAGCGCUCACACUCCGAAAGGACAUGAACCACCGCAGCACACACCAUGUCACGAUGAUACAAGGAAGAAACUAAAGCAAAAAAUGCCAUACAGCAUGCUUCAGAGAGUGAAAACUAAAAGGGAGAUGCAGGUGGUGGAGAACAUGCUAGUAACGCUGUUGUUUGUGGUGCAGCGCCGCAAGAAGCUGAUUCAGCUGAGAAACAUGUGCAGUGAGGAGAGAGUGUGGAAGUCUCACCUCAACUACACUGUGGCUCAAGCCCAUUUAGCCCUUCUUUACCAGGGCCUGGAGCAGUUGCAGGGAGGAGCACUGCAGCACAGGUACAGCCAGCUAAAUCCCUUGUGUUUCUCUCUGGCCUACUCUGGUAUCCUGGUGCGGAGGAACUCACAGCAACAGCAACAGCAACAGCAGUCAUCUAAAUAUGAGGUUGUCUCGGAGAGAGGCUCCUUUCACUCUGGUCUUAAGGAUCAUGUGUCUGCACACAAAGACAGGCACAAAAAGGAAGAGGAGAGUUGUGAAGAAGAAGAAGAGGAAGACGAAGAAGAAGAGAACUCCUCUCAAAGUGUGGAGCAGCAGAGCGAGAUGCACAAACGUUCUUAUGCCUCACUGCUGGACUCACUCAACAAAGCUGCUCUACAUCUCCAAAGGGCCAUGGUGUUGGCUCACCGUGGCAACCACUGGACCACUCUGCAAUGUGUGUGUCAUACUGUAUGGGACCAAAGCUGUCGAAUACCUGUCCUAGUCCAGGAAGCUGCUCAGCUUGAACCUCCGUACCACAUCACAGCAGACCAGCUGCACAACACCUUCACCCCGCUAAUCGUACUGGCUACUGAGCUAAUCAUGGACAUGCUGAACAGACUAGGGCUGUGGAGUUUGUAUGACAACGACAUGACUGAGGAAGAACUAGAGUCCAGUCUCCAUUUCUCAGCCCCACUGGAUGACAACACCCAGGUGGACCUGCGUUGGGUCCGUACCUUGGUGUUACACACUCUAGAGUGUCUACAUGACAGUGGCAAAUGGGAAAGCCUGGUUCACUUUGCCUUAAUUUUCAACUCAUACACACGGGAACGUUAUGCCUUGAUCAUAACUCCUCUACUAGUCCAUGCUCAGAGGAGGCUGCUUGAAAGGAUUAGUUCUUUCGGAGGACCUACAGUCCCACAACCACACUUUGUCAAGACACAGAAGGCCACUGGCAAAGAGGUGACUUACAGGAGCUAUGCAGAUUCACAGCUGCUCAGUGGGUGGACCCCUCACUCUGCACAGAAACCACACCUUUGCAAAAAAGCCGUGCUCAGAAACUCCACUCCUCAACAUACAGUUGAUCUUAAAGGUGCAGAGAAGCAGCGCUCAAUGUCCCUUGUGCGCGUUCCUCUGGAUGUAGAAGACACACUGAGCUGUUAUCGCCAAGCUCUUGAAAGAAGACCACAUUGUCUUCAGGUCUUCCAGCAUAGUCGCUCACUACUGCUGCUGCUUCUGGCAGACACACAGCCCUGCUGUGCGACGCGGUCGCAGCACUCUCAGAGCAGAAGUCUCAGUCAUUCUGCAAGCCUGGUUGAUUUCAGUCCAGUAGUCAGGCCCACUCCAAACAUUCAACCUUGCAAUCUGACAGAAGAAGACUACAGUACUCCAAGUGCUGUCUACAGCGUCCCUAUCAGCCAUGACCACAUGCCGACUGUCACUGCUGCAUACUCCACCUCCAUUAAGUAUCUCCAGGCCAACGCUCAUGACUCCCUCAGAGUUCUGGCUCUGCAUGAAAUGGGAAACCUACAGUACUACAACGGAAAUGCACGGGCAGCGCACUCACACUGGAGUAAAGCUGUAGAUUGUGCCUUGCAGAGCUCAGGUACUGUGGAAUCAUGGGAUGGCGUGUCCUUUGGGGGUGGCUCGCUACAGCAGACCCUGAAACAAGCUGGCAUUUGGGGAUGUCUCCAGGCUGCUGGGCUCACUGCUAAGAUUGCACAGUAUAUCAUAACUUCUGAUAUCAGCCAGAGGACCAAGUGCUGUCUCCUGUCUGCUCAUCUCUUCAAGUGUGUACUGUGCUGCUCCUUGGCUCAGCCCCAGACUGACCUCCAGUACGCCUAUCACAGCAUUGGGGAUGAACUGCUCCCUGGAGUCAGUCUUUUCUCUGAACCACACAGGGCUCACCUCGGCACCACUGUAACCAGCCUGAACUUCACCUGCCACUGGCUCUUCACCACAGGCCACUACAUCACGCUACUGCCCAUUCUAGCCCUUUACCUACAUAUUGUGGGCACUGUGUGCAGAGAUGUGCAACGCACUGUUGAGGGCAAAAUACUAAAGAUACGCGCCCUUACUGAACUGUGUCUGUUCACUGAAGCUGUAAAAGAAUCAGUCCAGCUCACACAAGGAACAGGACUUAUUCUGCCUUAUGGACGCUGCAUUGCCGAAGACAGUCUCCAACCUGUGAAGAUGUUCUACAGCAACAAGUCUCUCCUGGACAACACUGAGGCGUUGGAAGAACUUGUGAAUUGUGACUUUGCUCCAGAGGUCCGCACAUUGUAUGGAUCUGUACUGUGCUUCCGCUUCCUCCUUGCUCGUGUUCAACUAGUCCUGGCACUCAGUAAAACUGUACAUGGGCCUCCUGUACAAGGUUCUGUUGAGGCAGAAGCUCCUGCCAGCCUAACGAGUCACUCAGUGAACUCAAAACACCAUGAACAGGACAGACUGGACACUGAGGGCUCCUGUCCAAACACAAAAGGGCCGAAAGUGCUGACUCUUGAUGCAGACAAGGAGAAGCUCACUGCAGAAAGGAUUAAGUUUCUUUUGCUGGAAGCAGCGUUGUCCUUGUUGCACUCCGCUUCUUUGCAGCUCACAUCGUGUAGCGAAAUAGAGAACCUGGAACUGACAAUUGAGUCCAAUCUGCUGAAGGCCAACCUGUACCUGCAGCAAGAACGUGCUGCACUUAGUACUGAGAUGGCAGUUUCAUCCCUGAUGCUGCUGCAGACGUCUCCUGUAAUCAGCCGGGGAUCUGAGAAACCUGCACCUGAGCUCCCACAAGGUACUAAAGGUUUCAGUAGGUCACACCCACUGCACGGAGACUGUCCCAGAGCAGUUGAGGCUGGAGAGAGAAUUGGAGUUUCUCUGUGGCUGCGUUGUCGUCUGGCUCUGGUCUGCAGUCUGGCUGCAUACACUCCUGGCACUGAUGCAUAUUUCCCAGGUAUGGACAUUAAUGAGGAGGCAGCUCGGGUGAUAGAGGAGGGUCUUGAUGAAUGUGCACUAUGGGAAGACGUCAACGUUCAAGCCCUUCUGAUGGUCAAAGGUGCAAAAUUGAAAGCACAGAGAGGCAAAACUGAUGAUAGCGUGGUAAUGCUGCAGGAAGCCAUCAGCCUGCUGUCAGGACAGAAAUGUAUGCCACCAGGAUCCAUUUUGACUCUGGCUCAGGGCGCUUUGCUGCUCAGUGACCUGAGAGGAGCGAAGACCACCACACUUCUAAAACUGACACAGAAACUACUGAAAAAGCAGCUUUGUGUCUUCGGUCAGAGUAUGGCGUUGGAUGAAGGAAAAAUGUGUGUCUCUCCUCCUGGAUCCAGCAACAUCUACCUCCCUUACCAUAAAAUACUGGAUCAGACCACUUUGCAAAUUGAUAAAUAAAGAACUUGAAACUCUUUUCCACAGUAGUGUCUCACACAUCUGUAAUGUGUGAGGAUAAAAUUACAGAAUGACAGUGUAGGUAGGUGUUGGUGAUUCACAUUUGAAGAUGUCACACAAAGUCAGUAGUAAUCCAAUGUCACUUGUGGAUGAUAAUAUACAUUUUUGUACCCAAAGUUUUUGUAGCCAAAGCCAAACUUCUUUCUGAGUAAGUUCUCUCUAUCUAUUAUCAAUAAACAGUUUAAACUGAUUCUGGUGUAUGGUUGGUGUUGGGUCCAAGGACAUAACUGCAAGAUCAGAUCUGCUGCAGAAGCACAGAAAUUUC